AUCAAUUAUCCGAUUUCGUGUUGUUAUGUUUCGCCCUGUUGCCUCGAAAACUUUGUUUGCAACCUGUUGAUUUUCGUUUUUCUCUGUUCGGUUUCGUUUAAAUCCUGAAAAUUGGUAAUCAUCUAAAUUUAAAAAUCAGUUUAUUUAAUAAAAAUGGUUAAUGACAGACUGAGAGAUUUGAAAGCCCCAUGUACAACGAACAUGACAUGGCAGAAUGAACCUGAGGAAACCUUUCAGCUUUUGCCAGGAACAAGUUUAAAUGCUGCUGAGGCAUUGAAUGAUAGUUAUGAAGCCAACAGUGAUAUUACAAUUACAGUGGAUGGCACAGAUAGUUACAUGUCCGAUUUUUUCAAUGAGGUGGAAGAUAUUUCGACAAGCUUGGAUAAGAUCAGUGCUACUGUGGAAGAAGUGAAAAAGAAACACAGUUUUAUUCUUUCUGCUCCUUCAACUGAUGAAAAAAUUAAACAAGAACUUGAAGAUUUAAUGGCAGAAAUUAAACGAUUAUCAAACAAAGUCAGACAAAAAUUGAAAUUGAUGGAACAAAAUAUUGAGCAAUUGGAGCAUGUAAAUAAUACAUCAGCUGUUCUCCGUAUAAGGGAAACACAGCAAUCAGCUUUAUCUAGAAGAUUUGUCGAUAUCAUGUCGGCUUACAAUACCAUCCAAGUGGAAUAUCGUGAACGUUGCAAAGAUAGAAUAAAGCGCCAAUUAGAAAUUACUGGUCACUCAAAAACUGAUGCUGAAAUCGAAGAAAUGUUGGAAAGUGGCAAUCCAGCUGUAUUUACUCAAGGGAUUGUCAUAGAGACUCAAAAGGCUAGACAAACUGUGGCAGAUAUAGAAAACCGUCAUGCUGAUAUUAUAAAACUUGAGAAAAGCAUUCGUGAACUACGUGAUUUGUUUGUGGAUAUGGCUGCUCUGAUUGAAAAUCAGGGUGAACUUGUGGAUAGAAUUGAACACAAUGUGCAGAAUGCAGCAGAUUUUGUUGACAAUGCUGCAAGUGAUUUAAGUCGGGCUGUAAAAUACAAAAGUAAAGCUCGAAAGAAAAUCAUCAUUUUGUGCAUUAUUGUAGCAAUUGUGCUGAUAAUUCUGGGAUUAAUCAUAGGAUUUUAUGCAUAACAUAUUGAAAAUAACCAUUUCAAAAUGUUGGUGCUACUAACAAAAAAUAUCUUUAUUGGCAAUGAAAACUUAUUUUUCUUUUUGUUUUUCAGUGAAAGAGACUAUAAUGGGUAUUAAAGCUGUUGCAGUGCUUUUAUUUAUGCUUUUUAUAUUUAUAAAUUUUUGGAGGUUCAAUGCUUAUAGCAUUUUGACUUUUCUCCUUUUUUUGUGAAUCGUGAAUGAAUGUUGAUUGUGUUCUAUUUUUCCUUUUGUUUGCUGGCUUAUAUUUUGUAACGAAGAAAUACUCUAGCUCAUAAGCAUUAUUAUUGAAGAUGGGAGCUUUAAAAAUAUGUUAACAAUGUAAUGAAGUUAUAUUGCAAAAUAUUAAUGUAAAUUUAUACUAUCCCUAACAAUUUUUUAAAGAUAAGUGAUAAUUAUUGUUAUACAAUUUUAUUAGAAUUUGAUAAUCUUAAUUUUUUGAUUUUUCCAAGGUUUAUUGUAAAUUACAAACAUUUCCAGUAAAAUCGAUUUUAUGAAUGUGCAAAUAUAUAUUAUUUUAUAAGUAAUGAUGGGAAUUUUCAUAAUAAUUCUACUAAGAAAAAUGCCUGUUAUUUUUAAACUGCUUUGAAAAGCAGCUGUUGAAAUUUUAGUACCUUCAAAAUUUUUAUUAUGAAAAUAUUUUAUAAUGUAUUGCAAAUGACCAAGCAGAGAAUUUUUGUGAAUUAGAUAUUUUUUCAUUGCUCUCUUUUUA